AUAGUUCUGGUGCGCUAUAGAACAACAAGGGACGUCAACAUUUUCUUUUUUUUCUUCAUGUGACGGAACUAACCGGUGAAACCACCUAUGAGUCAGUGGCUAAUAGUUUUAACAUCACCUAACGAACCGAUACAUAUUGAAUCCGGACAGCUUUUGGGGAACAUCGGCGUUAGCGAGUUAAUAUAUAGAUUCAAUGGCAGUUCCUGUAGCUGCAAUACAACUGAACUCACCGUCCAGCCUGAGCGGAGAUUUAGGAAGAAUGUCACCCACCAGUGAAAAUGACAUCCUGCCUUUACACUCACCCUGGACUUUCUGGCUCGAUAGAUCUCUGCCAGGGACAACAGCAGCUGAAUGUGAGUCAAACCUGAAGAAAAUCUACACCGUGGAAACCGUCCAGAACUUCUGGAGAGUUUACAACAACAUACCCAGUGUCUCCAGCUUACCGAUGAGAUGCAGCUAUCACCUGAUGAGGGGAGAAAGGAAGCCUCUUUGGGAAGAAGAGAGCAAUGCUAAAGGUGGUGUUUGGAAAAUGAAAGUGCCCAAGGAAUGCACUUCUUCUGUGUGGAAAGAGUUGCUGCUGGCUACAAUCGGAGAACAGUUCAGUGAUUACUGUGCCUCAGAGGAUGAGGUUGUCGGGGUCAGCGUCAGUGUAAGAGACAGAGAAGACGUAGUUCAGGUUUGGAACGGGAACGCUUCCUGUGCCAGCGAGUCAAACGUCUUGGGAAAGAUCUAUGAGCUUCUUCCACAGACACCAUUUAAAGCUGUGUUUUAUAAACCUCAUAUGGAGCACCAUGCUUUUGAAGGUGGUCGAAGCAGACACUGACACAUUUUGCACAUCGGACGUUUUGAACUAUACAAUAUUCGUCUUUGCAGAUAGUAUUUGUAC